ACAAGUUGACUGGCUGGGUCCCGCUGAGUGGUCCUAUAUAGUAGGUGUGGCUGUGCUGCACUAUGAACUCAUCCCCUCCAUGUCGUACUACCUGUCUUGGCCGUUGCUUGCGCUCGUUGCACUCGUUCGACUCCCAUUCGACUAUGUACGACGACAGCUGACUUAUUUACUUCUUUCCAUCAUCGCUACGGGACCAGUUCCGAGGCACAUAGCCUUCGAGAUGGACGGCAACCGCAGGUACGCGAGGAGGUUGGGCAAGGAGGGCAAGCAGGGUCACGGAGACGGCUUUCGAGCAUUGCUGAGGGUUCUCGAACUUUGCCUGCGUCUCCGCAUUCACUGCGUUACCGUGUAUGCGUUCGCUAUCGACAACUUCAACCGCCAGAAAGACGAGGUCGAUGCUCUUAUGGAGAUGGCCGAAAUGAGACUCGUCGAGAUUGCGGAGAAGGGGUGCGUCGUGUAUUCAUUCGUGCUUGUGCCGUCUUACUGGAACUCUCCUAGGCAUUUGUUGGAUCGAUACGGCGUUCGUCUCAACGUCCUCGGAAAGCGCUCUCUACUCCCUCCAAAUGUACAGGUUGCUAUCGAGAAAGCAGAGUAUAUGACGCGUCACAACAAAGCUGCCAUCUUGAAUGUCUGUGCGCCGUAUUCUUCCAAGCACGAAAUCACGACUGCUGUCGAGAGUGCGGUGCGAGAGGCCCUAGAGAGCGGGGACAUGGACGGAAGCACGAUCACCGAAGAUACCAUCGAGGCUCAGCUCUCCACUAGUCUUGUGGGCAGUCCACCUCUUGACGUGUUUGUCCGCACUAGUGGCGUGAAACGAUUGAGUGCAUUCCUGACAUGGCAGUGCAAUGAAAACACUCAAAUCCACAUGGUCGAUACCUAUUGGCCUGAUUUUGGCCUUCGCGACUUCAUACCCAUCCUUCUCCAAUACCAACGUAAGGAUCUGGAGCUCGGAGCAGGGUGCCUCCCGUCCGAUGUGAAGAGUGUUUGUAUGCUGCAAGAGUGCACAUUUCUAGGGUUGCAGGCAGAGCUUUCAAAUGGACCUUUAACGAGUUCAAGCUAACCUAUUACAGUACUGUACGUUCUACGACGGAAUGGUUAGAAUGAUAAUUUG